UCGGGCGGUGUGGACAGCCUGGGGCAGGGCUGGUCCGGAGGCCUGGCUGCAGAGCGCUGGCUGUCAUUACGCCGGCCGGCUGGCCCCACUUCCUGCCCGUGUCUUCAUGGCUGGCCUGGCGCCUUCCUCUGGGCCCUGGCUAAAGCUCUCAGUCAAUUUUGAAGUGAACUCCGCGGCGGUCCGUGCACUCACGGAGCUGUGUUAGCUCGGGAACGUCUAAAUCUCCCGGAGAACGCCGGUGCCUACCAAAAGCCGCUCCUCUGCUCCCGCUCUCCGGAGUUGCCGGUUCUAAGUGUUGCAUAGAAGUGGGCCCUUCCGGGCCGGCGCCGCGGCUCACUAGGCUAAUUCUCCGCAUGCGGCGCCGGCACACCGGGUUCUAGUCCCAGUCAGGGCGCCGGAUUCUGUCCCGGUUGCCCCUCUUCCAGGCCAGCUCUCUGCUGUGGCCCUGGAGGGCAGUGGAGGAUGGCCCAAGUGCUUGGGCCCUGCACCCAUGGGGGACCAGGAGGAAACACCUGGCUCCUGGCUUCAGAUCAGCGCAGCGCACCGGCCGCAGCGGCCAUUGGAGGGUGAACCAACGGUAAAGGAAGACCUUUCUCCCUGUCUCUCUCUCACUGUCCACUGUGCCUGUCAAAAAAAAAAAAAAGAGAGAGAAGUGGGUCUUCAGAAAGUUCAUGGGCGUGAAUAUCAUGAAAACAACUAUGCACAGAUUUCAAGCAUUUUUUAAUUAAUUAAUGUAUUUGUUUAUUUUGAGAGACAGCUCCCAGGCUCUGGUUUCCUGCAGUGGACAGGGGCAGAGCCAGGAGCCAGGAACUCAACCCCGGCCUCCCAAGCGGGUGGUGGCUACUUGAGCCGUCACUGCUGCCUCGCAUGUUGGCAGGCAGCUGGAGGCAGGCGAGGGCCCCAGUGGGAAACCAGGCUCAGCCUCUGAAGGGAGAUGCAGGCAUUUCAGCCCUACGCCCACAGCUCAAAUCGCCUUGUAAUUCCAUUGUUUGGUAAAGCUUUUGAGGUCCAAUCACAUUUGGCCUUUUUUUUUCUAAAGGUUUUUAUUUAUUUAUUUGAGUGACAGAGUUACAGUGAGAGGAACAGACAGGGAGAAAGGUCUUCCAUCUGCCAGUCCACUUCCCAGAUGGCCACGAUGGCUGCAGCUAGACCAGUCCGAAGCCAGGAGCCAGGAACCUCCCCCUGAUCUCCCACGUGGGUGCAGGGGCCCAAGCACUUGAGCCAUCCUUUACUGCUUUCCCAGGAGAUAGCAGAGAGCUGGAUCGGAAGAGGAGCAGUCGGGAAUAGAACCCGUGCCCAUACGGGAUGCCACAGGCGGAGGAUUAACCCACUGUGCCACAGCGCCGGCCGCAACAUGUGGCCUUAUGUGUCUGGCAUCAUCCACUCAGCAUAAUGUUUUGUUUUUUCUUUAAAAGCAUGAUUUUUAAAUUUUUUUAUUUGGAAAACAAGGAGACAUGGUCAGAGACAGACCUCCACUCAGUGGUUCGCUCCCCAAAUGUGCACAGCAGCCGAGGCUAAGCCAGGAUCCGGGAACUCGGGUGUCCCGUGUGUGUGGCAGGCACCCAGGUGCUGGAGCGUUCCGCGGUCUCAAGUUGGGCAUCGGCAGAGGCUGGAUUAGCAGCAGAGCCAGGCCUUGAGCCCAGGCACGCCGGUAGAGGAUGCGGCCCCACUGGUGUCCCAGCUGCUGCACCAAACGGCCGUGCCAGCAUCGUGUUGUCACGGUGUCCGUGGUUCAUUCUUCUUUGUGGCUUCGUGGAACUUCAUUUUAUGGACAUAGCAGACCUUGUCCCAUCGCCGUGGCAGGACUGACGACUGUCCCGUGAUCACGACAUUGCGGCUGUUCCUCUUGGGACCGUGUGACUCUCUUUGUCCUAAGGUCGGAGGUGGCUGUCAGCAUGGGCGGGCUGCCCGCCUCCUCAGCGGGUGCUGGCUCCCUGCCCGGGCACAGCUCUGCCCUCACGUCGCUCGUGUGAUCUCACCAGAGGGCGGCCUUGAGUUCUUGCUGGUGUUCUCAGAACUCACCGUCAGGAAGCAUAAGCUGAAGUCAUCUCAGAAGGACAGAGUCCGCCAGUUUAUGGCGUGUACUCAGGCUAGCGAAACAACCGCCAUCUACUGCUUGACGCAAAAUGAGUGGAAACUGGAUGAGGCCACGGACAGCUUCUUCCAGAACCCAGGCUCGUUUCACAGAGAGUCCCUGCGGAGCAGUGUGGACCAGAAGAAGCUAGAACAGCUAUACGGCAGGUACAAAGACCCACAAGAUGAAAACAAAAUCGGAAUUGAUGGAAUUCAACAGUUCUGUGAUGAUUUAAGCUUGGAUCCUGCCAGUAUCAGCGUUUUGGUCAUAGCAUGGAAAUUCAGGGCAGCAACUCAGUGUGAAUUUAGCAAAAAGGAAUUUAUAGAGGGAAUGACGGAGCUUGGGUGUGACAGCACCGAGAAGCUGAAAGCACUUCUGCCGAGGCUGGAGCAGGAACUCAAGGACUCCACGAAGUUUAAGGAUUUUUAUCAGUUCACUUUUUCCUUUGCUAAGAACCCUGGGCAGAAAGGGUUAGAUUUAGAAAUGGCUGUUGCCUAUUGGAAACUGGUAUUAUCUGGGAGGUUUAAGUUUUUAGAUCUCUGGAACACGUUCUUACUGGAGCAUCACAAAAGGUCCAUUCCCAGGGACACCUGGAACCUCCUGCUAGAUUUUGGAAACGUGAUUGCAGACGAUAUGUCCAACUACGAUGAAGAAGGCGCCUGGCCAGUCCUGAUAGACGACUUUGUCGAGUACGCCCGGCCAGUGGUCUCGGGUGAGCCCCGCCCUCGCUAGGAGGAGAGUGGCAGCGGGGCCGGCUUGCGAGAUGAACGCAUCCCGCGCAGCCACGCUCUGGUCAGUCACUGCACGCCUGCCACCUUCAGAGGCCAUCCGCGACCGGGGUGAGGCCGGCCUAGCCACCUCCGUCCACCCGACAGUGGCGGCCGACUCAGGAGACCUGUCCUCACGCUGCUGCUUUGGGAGACUGCUGCAUGGUUUUUCUAGUUACAAAGAAACGGCCCACGCGGCCAGGGCUGCAGGGACGCUUAGCUCAGGGUCCGAGGUGACGCCAGCGGUCACCAGAACUCUGCACUGUGCUGUGAUCGCCCUGAGGAGCCGCGCUGUGUCCUCGCGGGGCGUGGCACCUCCAGACAAGUCGGAGCUGUGGCAGAUGCACCGAAGAAGGUGAUCCUCUGCACGCGUCGUUUUCUAAAUUUGUGCCAGAAAUUCAAGAGUUAUAUUUUUUGAAUUAUCGAAUGUCUAGAUUUGCCAGAUCUAUUUUUGUUUGCACUUUCGGUAGUGUUUAUCUGGAGAUCACUUUCUGGUUUCUAAGACACCGUUGCAGUUUGCACGGGGGUGCAGGCAGCGGUCCCCAGUGAAGCUUUGCUUAGCUGCGUGCCGGAGGGGCCCGCCCCGCGUCUGAUGCUGCUAGUCAACUUCCUGGGAAGUCCUAGAGUGUCUUUAAUGUAUUUUAUUACAUUCAAGAAGGAGUUUUUCCGUGAGAAAGAUUUCUGUUGAGUGACGAGUUAGAUGUGAAAACCAGACGCGCUGGUUCCUGUCACCCAUGAGUGACACCCGCGCUGUCCAGCCAUCGCACGGUCAUGCGCGCUUGAUGCCGGCCCCAGGCCCUCGUCUCACCUGUGGGCCGCAGCCCACCCCUGCGCUGGGCACCUGGCCGGGCGUCUGUGCUCCUCCUGCCUCAGAGGGUCUGGACGCCCCGCCCCUCUGGUGCUGAGCUGUGACCAUCGCUCUGUGGCCACACCUCGCUUGCCACGUUUGGCAUCAUAGGCCUGCCUUGCUGCCCGCCUGCAACUGGGCCAUGAAACAGGUGGGCUGGGCUCGCUCUGUGGGGGAGGGCAACCCCCUCCAGACACCACAGAGAGCACCCGCACCCAAGGUGCCCUCUGCACUUCAGGGAAUGCGCGCUGUUGUCCACAGUUUGUGUGCCCUGCCCCAGGUGGGACGAGCCGGCCCUUCCCAGUCAUGCGGCGAUGUAACCAGUCACGUGGAGACAUAACUAGGCCUAUGAGGACAGAACUGGGAUGUAGGGACAGAACUAGUUGUGUGAAGACCUAAGCAGUCACAGGGAAAUAACUAGUCAUGUGAGGGCAUAACCAGUCACAUGGGGACAUAACUAGUUGUGUGAAGAUGUAACUAGUCAUGUGGGGACAUAAUUAGUCAUAUGAAGACAUAACCAGUCACGGGUAUACAACUAGUCACAUGGGGUCAUAGCUAGUUGUGUGAGGAUGUAACUAGUCUUGGGACAUAACCAGGCACAUGGGGACAUAACCAGUCACACGGGGACAUAACCAGUGUGAAGACAUAGCGAGUCGUGUGAGGAUGUCACCAGUCACGUGGGGACGUACCUAGACGUGACUAGUAGAGUCUAGAGCACGCCACGCGCCCUUUCUCGCCUCUGCUCCCCUCUACAUGAGCGGGCGCUGGGCCGUCUCUGUUGUACGACUCAGGCACAUCGGGUUCCUUCCAGGCUUCCCGCGUGCAGAGAAGUCCCCAGAGCUCAGCCCCGUGGCGGCCGCGGGUCUGGGCUCCCCUCAGACCUAAAGCCCGUGGGCUGUGCACACGUGGCGGAGGGGCUCGUCAUUCUGUCACGUGCUGUGUGCCGUGCUGAGAUCUGCAGAAACAUUAAAGGCGACUGUUCCCUGGC